GCUCUCCAACUCGCCUCAAAAACUCGGUUUUGACACCACUCACACGCUAAAUUUAUCGAAUUAAUCUUGUUUAUCGUUUAUAAUUCGACGCUCGCUGUAAACGGUGUCGUAUACUUGCAAAAUCCAGUCGCGUGGUCCGUAAAGUAGUCCCUGGGACUCGCACUGCGGAAGGAUACACUUGUUUACAAUGUGCUGCACGCGGCAGUGUGGCGGCCAGCGCGCGGCUGCGCGAGCUUCACGGGACACCGACACACUGCGCUUUCCAGCUCGCCAAAGUUCGUUCCAGGGUCGCCGUUAAAGUUUUCAUUCUGUCCGUUGAGAAACCACUUCAUCCCCGGUUGUCAUAUCGACAUGCAGGAGUCCAAGACCGAUCAAACAACCAAUAGCAGUCCAGCUGGGCAGGAAGGUCAGAGCUCAGAGAGCGAGAAGAGAGUAACCAGAGAAACAUCUUCAUCCCCGUCAGCCACAGCCCAGACACUUCAAACACAGGCGCUACAAGUUGCUCAACAACAACAACAGCAGCAGCAGCAGCAACCGAGUGGUGAGAAGUCCCCCAAGAGCACAGAAAAAGAGGCAGACGCACAGGUGGCUGUAUCAGUGGGGAUGAUAACUCCUCAGGCCAUCACCCCUCAGCAGAUGCAGCAGAUCCUUCAGCAGCAGAUCCUGAGCCCCCAGCAGCUCCAACUGUUACUGCAGCAACAACAGGCCCUCAUGUUACAGCAGCAACAGCUUCAGGAGUUCUAUAAGAAACAGCAAGAGGAACUCCACCUGCAGCUCCUGCAGCAACAGCAUGCUGGGAAACCCAGUAAAGAGCAGAUGAUGGCCCAGCAGAUGGCUAUACAGCAGCAGUUACUCUCUGUUCAACAGCAGCACCUGCUCAACCUGCAGAGACAGGGCCUGUUGUCUGUCCCUUCAGCUCUCACCGGUGCACUGGCCCAAGGCUUGAUCCCUGCUGAGCUUCAGCAGCUGUGGAAAGAGACGGCAGAUGCACGACAGGAGGAGAAGAGUAGAGGAGACAAAUCCCCUUCUCCUCCCAAAACUCAGAUCCUCAACCACCACUCCAGCACUAAUGGACACCAUGUGCACCGGCCUAGCCGGAGAGACAGUUCUCAGGAGAGUCAUUCCCAGAGCGCCCAUCCUUUAUACAGCCACGGCGUAUGCAAGUGGCCAGGCUGCGAUGCUGUGUUCGGAGACUUCCAGUCAUUCCUCAAGCAUUUGAACAGUGAACAUGCUCUGGAUGACAAGAGCACAGCGCAGUGCAGAGUUCAGAUGCAGGUGGUUCAGCAGCUGGAACUGCAGCUUGCCAAAGACAAAGAACGCCUUCAGGCCAUGAUGGCCCACCUCCAUGUCAAGUCUACUGAGCCCAGACCUGCCCCCCAGCCAGUGAAUCUGGUGUCCAACCUCACGCUUGCCAAGGCAACCGUUCCCAAAACCUUUCCCUCUUUGAGUCUUUCCCAAAGUGCCACAGCCCCGUCUACACCCUUCACGUCACUCCCCCAAAUGCCCUCAGUCAUCAUACCCACCAGCCUGCACAGCAUGGGACCCAUCCGCAAACGCUACUCUGACAAAUACAACAUAGCCAUGGACCAAGAUAUUGUGCAGAAUAAGGAAUUUUACCUGAGUGCUGAGGUCAGGCCUCCAUUUACAUACGCAGCUUUGAUCAGGCAGGCCAUUUUGGAGUCUCCAGAAAAGCAGCUAACACUAAAUGAAAUCUACAACUGGUUCACUCGAACAUUCGCGUAUUUCAGACGCAAUGCUGCAACGUGGAAGAAUGCAGUUCGCCACAACCUCAGUCUUCACAAGUGUUUCGUACGAGUCGAGAAUGUGAAGGGGGCCGUUUGGACUGUGGACGAGCUGGAGUUUCACAAAAGAAGGCCACAAAAGAUCACUGGAUCACCUCUGGUGAAGAACAUCCAGUCCAGUCUGGGUCAGAAUCCCGCCCUGUCUUCUCUGCAGGCAGCGAUGGUGGACAGCAGUCUGUCCCUAUAUGGCUCAGCGUCCAUGGGAGCAUCGAGUCUGAAGGCUCUGGCCAGCGCACUGCAUGAGGACAUGAGUUCUCACGAUCAUGACGAGGGCUCCCACAGCGACUCCAGUCUGGAGCUCUCUCCUGUGCCCACACUGUGAGUCCACUCUCCUGCCUGUCCGA